AUGACGAAUAGUUUUGAUGCCUUUCGUGAAACGGGAUCCAAUUGGCGACUUAAAUCUGUUGAGUUCAUGGAACAGACAAUAAUAAAAUACAGACCUUUAAGGGGAUCAUGCUUCAGUUACGUCAUACCAGAGACAUUGCUCCGAAAGAAUUGCCUUCUAAAUGUAACCGGACCACCAGCGCUGGAUGGAGAAUGUUUCCGCUACUCCGUACUAGCUGCCCUUCAUACUGACCCUGACCUGGUUGGAACUAUUCCAUGGUCGGACCUCCAUCAGCAUAAAAACACCCUGUCAUUUGAAGGAAUUGGGGGCUCUGGACGCCAUAUGCCAGUUGCAAGUUUUCAAGCUUUUGAAGAGAAAAACAAGAUCUCCAUAAAUCUUUAUGGUUUCGAUGAAAAAAUAUUUCCUAUUUACAUUUCAUCUAACCAUGAAAGGCACAGACAUGUUGAUUUGUUAUUACUUCCAGAAAGAAAAGGUGAUGGGAAUGAAAACGGUCAGUUGGAAGAAACGGAAGACGUUAAUUUCAAUAGCAUUGUCAGGUGCAGAAAGCCGCAUUAUUGUGCUAUAAAAGACCUGAACCGCCUCGUUGCAUCCCAGGUCGGUAGACAUUUUACGCAUAUAUGCAGAAGAUGUCUUACUCCGCGGUAUUCACAGGAGAGUAUGGAUGAGCACGAGCGUAUAUGUUCCCAAGGUGAAGAUAAUGUCGUCUGCGUGAUGCCUAGCGAUAAGCAAAAAUGGCUGAAGUUUAGAAACUACGCACGAAUUUUAAAGGUUAGUUUCGUAAUCGUAGCCAACUUUUCAUGUUACACUUGCCCACUGUAUGACAAUGAUGAGGAAACAGAAGGAUAUGAAAAUCGCGAGAGGCGACUCGACCCGUGUGCAUAUUCAUACCAGAGAAUCAGUAUUGAUGAUUGUCAUCCAAAAGAUCCCGUUUUCUACCGCGGUGACAACGCAGAAGAUACAAUGGAACAUUUCUUGGCUGAUAUGGCAGCUGAAGAAGCGGCAGUAUUCCAUAUUCUUGAACAGACCUAUCCAACUACGGUGUGUAAUGAAGGCCUUGAUAAUAUGGAGGCGACAAAUGACGUAUGUUUCGUCUGCAGGGAUCCUUUUUUGCCUGGUGAACGGAUUGUUGUAGACCACUCUCAUGUUAGCGGGAAAAUCAGAGGAAGGUGUCACAACGCGUGCAACCUGCGACUGAAGGAAGUUAAUUUUCUACCAAUCGUGCUAGAGAAUCUGAGUAAACACGAAGGCAGACUAAUAAUGCAUGCUGUUGGAAAAUUUGGUGCCGAGUCUAUAACAGUUAUUCCCCAGACAAUUGACACAUUUGUUUCAAUAUCUAUCAAGCGUUGCCGCUACAUAGACUUUAGUCGAUUUCUCAAGACUUCCUUAGACGACUUAAUAGAAAGCUUGAGAAACAAAUCUGGAACUGGAGCUUUUACCUUCACUCUUAAAGAGAUUACACAGGAACAUAUAGAUGUAAGUAUUAGGAGGCAGUAUAUGUUCCACGACUACUUGGAUUGUCCUGAACGUCUAUGUGAAACUGAUCUCCCUCCUAUAUCGGCAUUCAGCAAAAGAAUUGCGGAAACCAGUCUGACAGAUGAAGAGUACAGUCAGAUUCAAGAGAUAUGGUCAUCAUUUAACAUGAAAAACUUAGAUGAUUACCUAAAACAAUACCUUAUUACAAGAUGUGCGUUGUUUGCAGAUGUGGUAGAAAAUUUCAGGAAUGUUUUGAUGAAAGAUUUCUUCCUGGAUCCCAUGCAGUACUACAGUCUACCAGGUUACAGCUUUGACUGCUGCUUGUACAAGUCCGAAGUUACGUUGGAACUUAUAACCGAUGAAGACAUACAUAACACUAUACUGCAUGCAUUACGGGGAGGCGUUACUGUUGUUGGGUCACCGAGACUUUGUACAGCCAAUUCUCCAGACCUGACGGGAUUCGACCCUGAUGCUCCUAUCAGCAAAACUGUAUUUCUGGAUUAUAAUUCACUAUACCCAAGCUGCAUGAUAGACUUUCCUCUUCCAGUAUUUGGUUUCCGCUAUCUCUGCGACUAUGAUAUAGAAAGAUUAGAUAUCACACAGAUUCCCAAGGAUUCUGCGAAAGGCUACAUACUCGUCGUUGAUUUAGAGUACCCGGAGGAGCUGCAUGACAGAGACGAUGGCUAUCCAAUGUGCCCUGAAAAUAAGACCAUCACGGCAGAAAUGCUUUCUCCGUACACGCAAGGCCUCGCCGAUCAAUGUGGUAUUACGUUGAAAGGUGACAAAAAAUUGUGUCAGACUCUUUCCGACAAAUCGAGGUAUGUAAAAUUUAAACAUCAUGCUGCUGAAAUUCUUCAUUCCAUUUGUCCUACACAUGUGGAGAAGAUGUCACUUGCAUAUGAAGAAAGAGUGAUUGUUGUUGAAAACCAUGGUAAGACAAUAGAGAACCAAAAGAAACGGAUUAAUGUAAAAAUCUGCACAAAUGCCGGAUAUUUAGAACGCCUUGUACGAAAACCUGCUUUUGCAGCUGCACGUGUUUUCUCGGAAAAUCUUGCUGCCGUUCAACUUUAUAAUGAAAAGGUGCUGUUGAACAAGCCUAUCGCAAUAGGUUUCUCUGUUCUUGAAUCAUCAAAGCGCAGAAUACAGACUCCCAUCAAAGGCCAAAAAGCGUUGGAUUUCCGUACAGUUCAGGUCGAAAAAAUGUCCGCAGACGAAGAAUUGCUUCCAUCUCUUGAGGUUGCAGCACAUCCUGGAUACCGAGGUGAUGGUUGGUUGGCCGCCGUGAAAUUUCGUGAUGUGCCAUGGCAAAACCUUAACAAUGGCAUUCCUGCUCGAGUGAAUUAUGUUCGCACACCAGCUUCCAAGAAAAUCAAGAUGGAAACGUGUUUUACCCCAGCCAGUUAUGUUUUUGCCUCAUCUUCUGAUAAUGAACAACAGACUAGCAGACGAAAGAAUUUACAAUUUGUCUCUACGAGAUAA